CAGUGUGGAGCAGCAAUUCGUAUACGUUUCAAUAGCAAUUUAAAGAGUUGGUGUAUUUUCAUUAAAAUGGGCGAACGCAAGGGUCAAAACAAAUACUAUCCGCCCGACUAUGAUCCAAAGAAGGGCGGUCUCAACAAAUUUCGCGGCACCCAUGCGCUGCGCGAGCGUGCUCGGAAGAUUCAUCUGGGCAUCAUCAUCAUCCGCUUUGAGAUGCCCUACAAUAUCUGGUGUGAUGGCUGUAAGAAUCACAUUGGCAUGGGUGUCCGCUACAAUGCCGAGAAGACUAAGGUGGGCAUGUACUACACAACGCCCAUUUACAAGUUUCGCAUGAAGUGCCACUUGUGUGAAAAUCACUUUGAGAUUCAAACAGAUCCUGGGAAUCUGGACUAUGUGAUAUUAUCGGGCGCCCGACGUCAGGAAAAUCGCUGGGAUCCGCUGCAGAACGAGCAGGUAGUGCCCGAAACCAAAGAGGUUCAAAAGAGACUCUUCGACGAUGCCAUGUACAAGCUGGAGCAUCAGGCCAAAGAUGUUCAGACAGCGUCCGAUGCCAAGCCGAUCCUCCAAAAACUUGUAGAUCGCAAUCAGAGUGUUUGGAAUGAUAGCUAUGUGGCAAACUAUCGACUACGUGCCACAUUUCGCCAGCAAAAGCAGGAGAUCAAGGGUCAACAGGAUCUGGAUCGCCAGCUACUGGCCAAGAGUAGUCUGGACAUAGCGUUGCUCCCGGAGACAGCUCAGGACAGAGAAAUGGCGGCCCUGAUGAAGCUGCAAACGAAAAGCGCCAUCGAACGCGAAUCGGAGCAGCGGCUAGAACUUCUCAUGCGACCUGCGCUUCCGGGCGCCACAUCCACCACCUUUGGUGGCCUGAAGCGACAAAAGGCUCUAAACACGCAGCUCCAGUUGCAGGAAUUGGGCAUAAAGCGUAAGCAGGCUAACGCUGCUGGAGGAGCUAAAAUGAAAUCAACUGAACGAGCAGAUAUAGAAACCGCUGCAGAAACAGGGAUAGUAGCAGUUAUGGAAGCAGAGACAGAAUCAGCAAUGUCAUCGAAAUCAGGACACACAUCCGCAGCUGGAUCCGCCGAGAAGUCAGCGGUAACAGCUCAAAAGUUAUGCAGUCUGGUGGGUGACUAUCAAAGCACCAGCUCCGAAGACAGCAGCCCCGAUUCCAAUGAUUGAAGCCGACACAAUCAAUCACAAUAAAAGUAUUAUAUUUUAA